AUGACCAAACGUAACAAAGCGCGGCUUGCAAACCGACACCGUAGAAACUCCAGACGCAAGCCUGGCAGCCAGAUGGCAAAACGCGACGACUUAAUUCCUGAGUUGCUGGAAAUUACGAGCGAGAUGGCACGGGCUGCUGGCAUAGUUGCCGAGAUCGGCCAAAAGCCUAAACCUGCGUCGAAUGAGACAUCAAACACUCCCCGUUCUGUUGAAAAGAGGGCAAAACGCGACGACUUGAUUCCUGAGUUGCUGCAACUUACGACUGAUAUGGCGCAGGCUUUUGGUGUAAAGGCUGAGAUUAACCUCAAACCCAAACCUGCGCCAAAUGAGACAUCAAAUACUCCCCCUUCCGUUGAAAAGAGGGCCGGCACUUUUUGGAUGGAAGGCAUCGCGAGAAAAGGCACAGUACCAUGGGGAAAUGACGCUUCCUAUAAGGUUUUUCGAAAUGUCGUCACCGACUAUGGGGCUGAUCCUACUGGCCAGAGGGAUUCAACUCAAGCCAUCCAGAGAGCGAUUGACGACGGUAAGAGGUGUGGCGCCGCGUGCAACGGGUCGACCACCAAAAACGCCAUCGUGUACUUCCCCCCUGGACGCUACCUCGUGUCUAGCUCUAUCAGCGUCUAUUUCGGCACCCAGAUAAUAGGUGACGCCAAUAACUUGCCAACCAUCGUGGGAGCGCCGAGUUUCAUUGGUUUGGGAGUCUUGUCAACUGAUGUCUACGUCGAUGGCGGCGGACAAGGGCCAGACGGAAACGCUCUGGAAUGGUACAUUAAUACUGCGCGCUUCUACAGCCAAAUUCGAAACAUCAAGAUUGAUAUCACUGCAACUGACGCUGGGGCAUAUGUCGCUGCGCUGCAUUAUCAGGUUGCUCAGGCUACGAGUCUGGAGAACGUUGAAAUAAUUGCGAAUUCUGCCACGACUCAACAAGGCAUAUUUGCUGAAAAUGGAAGCGGAGGAGUGAUGUCUGAUAUCACCUUUACAGGCGGUAACUUUGGCAUUUACGGCGGUAGCCAACAAUUCAGCGCUGCUCGACUGACUUUCAACGGCUGCAAUACUGCCGUCCAGCUCAUUUGGAACUGGGGAUGGGUGUGGAAGAGCAUCAAAGUGAACAAUGCCCAGGUCGGCUUCCGGCUGUACGAUGAUGGCGGGCCGAUCCCGGGUUCGGUUACUAUCAUGGAUUCCAUCUUCACUAAUAUCAAGGGGUCGGCUAUCGAGAUGGCAGUGCCUAAGGAUGUGCGCGACUCAGGAUUCACAGGGUUGGUUCUGGAUAACGUCAAUCUCGGAGGCAAGAUCCAAGACCACUGGAGCUCUCAAGUGAUUCUCCCGGCAGGGUACUAUAAGUCUUAUGUCAUGGGCGCAACAUACAAACAGGACAAGCGCGCAUGGACCACUGCAUCUAUGGAUUACACACGUGAAUCCACGCUGCUAGGUUCACAAGUCACAGGGCUUCAGGGUGCACCGUACUUUGAGAGAAAGAGAAAUCAGUACACCGACAAAUCGGCCGCAGACUUCGUCCACCUUAAGGACCAAGGUGCAAAAGGAGACGGCGUAACGGAUGACACAGCCGCAGUGCAGAAGGCCUUCAACACGUACGGAGAUGGUAGCAAGAUCAUUUUCGUGGACGCGGGCACAUAUAUUCUGAAGGACACGGUGACCAUUCCUAAGGAUGCCAAGAUCGUGGGCGAGACAUGGUCCCAGUUUGCCGCCAGUGGCAGCAAGUUUUCGGAUGCUAGUAAGCCUGUUGUUAUGCUCAAGGUCGGCAACAGCGGCGACGUUGGCACUGUCGAGAUGCAGGAUCUGAUCCUAACAAGCAAGGGCCCGACCCCCGGUGCGGUGUUGAUGGAGUGGAAUGUUUCGGCCAAAACUCCGGGCGCCGCGGCCUUGUGGGACGUCCAUGUAAGACUCGGCGGCGCUACGGGGACCCAGCUCACACCGGCAGAGUGUCCACCGACCACGACCGGGACCAAUCCUUCUAGGUGUCAAGUCGCAAGUAUGCUCCUACACGUCACUAAGAACGCCUCGGGCUACUUCGACAAUAUGUGGCUCUGGGUAUCCGACCACAUGGUCGAUGACCCCAAUCUCACGGAUCCUCUCAACGGCUUGGAGCAGAACUCAGUAUACAGUGCCCGCGGCAUGCUCAUCGAGAGCCAAAAGGCGACAUGGCUGUAUGGCACGGCGUCAGAGCAUUCGGUCUUUUACCAGUACAAUUUUAAUGGUGCGCGAAACAUCGUUACCACCUUCCUGCAGACCGAGUCAGCUUACUACCAACCAACACCUGCACCACCAGCCCCUUUCAACAAUGUCGUUGGUGUAUUCCCGGGUGAUCCGGACUAUUCCUGCAAUGGCAGUGAUAUGGAUGGAUGUGACGAGUCGUGGGCGGUCAUUAUGAGAAAUUGCCAAAACGUCCACAUCGGGGCGGCAGGGACCUAUUCGUGGUUCAGGACAUAUUCCCAGGACUGCAUUGACGGACAUGCAUGCCAGAAAGCACUGUGGCUUCUGGACAAGAACUAUGAUAACAAUCGACUGCAAAACAUCAUAGCCAUUGGUGCCAAGAACAUGAUUGUUUCCCCGGGCGGCGCGGCGAUUUCGUCAAGUGCAAACCAGGCUGUCACCAGCCACCCCUCUUGGGCUCAUAUCUCGCUGUAUGAGGUUCCAUCUCUUGGAACAGCUCCUGUUUGA